ACAAAACACACCUUCCAACUUUGCUGAGUUAACCCUAAACCAAUCAACCUCCGUAGACUUUGCUCUCUUUCACAACAAAAAUCACUUAUCACGAGAUAUCAGUCAUAUCCCUUCCAAAUCAGCACAAUGUCAGCAAAAACGCGCGGAAUAAAACCAAAUUACCUCUCGUGUCAAAUAUAUAAUUAACCGUGCGUUGGUCGAUAACACACCCCCUUCUCAGCCAACUAUAAAAAUCUCAUUUUUGCGUUGGACUUUCUCACUUUUCUUCCAACCCAGAAGCAUCUUUCAAGAUGUUUAUGAAAUUUACUGAUUCUUCAACUAUAACAUCACCAGUUUCUCCUGGAUGGCCUGCUAUUCCAUCGGGAAGCUAUGGAGAAAUCGUCUUGAACGUUUUCAUUGUAUUCCUUAAUGUUUCUGUAUUUAUCGUUCUCUGGAGAGCUAUCAAACCAGAAUAUAAAGCUUGUUUCUACAUUAUAAUGCGAACUUUCAAUGUUUUCGUGGCUAUCAAUGCCCUGGGAACUCUAGCAACGAUGAUGGAUAGAAAGUCUGAUGAUUUCGACAGUUGCUGGUACAUCCAGGACAUUUUGAUCAUUAAUAUGUUCACCUGCAUUGCCUCUUCCAUUUGGCUCUUCUAUGCUGGACUCAACCGAAUGAUGGUUCUUGUCUAUCCAGGAAAAGUAAUAAAUGCAUGGGGAUGCUGGAUUGUUCGUGGAACAUUGACUUUCGUUGCAAUUCUCUCACUUGUUUUGUCUAUUCUCUAUCAGAAACUAUGUGGAGUCUAUACUCAUUAUGAUGCUGCCACAAACACAAUUCAAAUGAUGGCGACUAGCACUGCUGAGCCAUUCACAAUUGCCGUCUAUGCAUUGCCACUGUUGUCAAUUGUGUUCUAUGUAGUAGCAUAUAACAAUCUCCGUGACAAAAGGCAGUUGGUUACAAGUGACAAAACAAAAUCACUUAUUGAUAGAGCUGAGAGAAAGACUUUGAAGAUUGGAAUGCUCAUUUUAGUCACAUAUACGCUCUCCCUCGUCGUUCACCUUAUCAUGGUGUUUGCCGUCAACAGCGAAACAUUCAGUACCUUUUUCAGCCGAAUUGAUGAAAUUGUCUCAUGUGCUCCACAGGUUGCUAUUCCAUUGGCUCUUCUCAGUUGUAACAAAAAACUCAUUUUCAACGAGAAAUCGUCUUCAUCAGUAUCACAUUCUGGAACAGCUCAGGAUAUCUUCACUCGGGAAACCAUCACCAACACAAGAAAAAGUUCAAUGAAGGCAAAGACAUCCGUCACUUCCAAUCAAUAACUAAAUGAUUUUGCAAAACUUGUUUCACAGAAUAAAAUCAUGUUUGUUAAAAAAA